UUUCGUUUUUGUCGCCCCGGACUCCGGGAGCAGAUUCGGACGGUCAACUUGACUAGCCCGCCACGUUUCAGCUCCGAGCCAGUCGUUUGACCCCGCGGGUGAGGAAAUGGGAGUCAGCCAGUCCGUGGGCUUCCCACCUGUCACAGGACCUCACCUGGUGGGCUGCGGGGAUGUGAUGGAGGGUGAGCGGCUCCAGGGGAGCUUCUUCCGCCUUUUCUACCCCUGUCAGGGGACAGAAGUGACCACGGAACAGCCCCUGUGGAUUCCCCGCCACGAGUACUGCGCUGGCCUGGCCCAUUACCUGCAGAUUAAUAAGCUCUGGGGAGCCUUAUUCUUCAACCUGGCUGUGGCUGAGGGGCAGCCAGAGGUUCUUUACCCCAAGUCUCUGCUAGGAUCCUGUCGCCUGCCUGUCAGCUGGAACGGCCCCUUUAAGACAAAGGACUCUGGGUACCCUUUGAUCAUCUUCUCCCAUGGCCUGGGAGCCUUCAGGACAUUGUAUUCAGCCUUUUGCAUGGAGCUGGCCUCCCGUGGCUUUGUGGUUGCUGUCGCAGAGCACAGGGACCAGUCAGCUGCCACCACCUAUUGCUGCACAAAGGCUCCAGAGGAGAACCCCACCAGUGAGUCACUGGAGGAAGAAUGGAUCCCCUACCAUCAAUUUGGAGAAGGGGAGAAGACGUUCCAUGCUCGGAAUGCCCAGGUGCAUCAGAGAAUGAGUGAGUGUGUCCGGGUGUUGAAGGUCCUACAGGAGGCCACUGCUGGGCAGACUGUCCUCAACAUCUUGCCGGGUGGAUUGGAUCUGAUGAGCUUCAAGGGCAGCAUUGACUUGAGCCGUGUGGCUGUGAUGGGACAUUCAUUCGGAGGAGCCACAGCUAUUCUGGCUUUGGCCAAGGAAACCCAGUUUCGGUGUGCUGUGGCUCUGGAUGCCUGGAUGUUUCCGCUGGAACGAGACUUUUACCCCGAGGCCCGAGGCCCCAUAUUCUUCAUCAAUUCUGAGAAAUUCCAGACAGUGGAGAGUAUCAAUUUGAUGAAGAAGCUCUGUACCCAGCACGAGCACUCUAAGAUCAUAACUGUCCUUGGUUCUGUCCAUCGGAGUCAAACGGACUUUGCCUUUGUGACUAGCAAUUUGAUUGGUAAAUUGUUCUCCUCUCAAACCCGAGGGAGCUUGGACCCCUAUGAAGGCCAGCAGAUCGUGGUGCGAGCCAUGCUCGCCUUCCUACAGAAGCACCUAGACCUGAAGGAGGACUAUGAUCAAUGGAACAACCUCAUUGAAGGCAUCGGACCAUCACUCACUCCCGGGGCUCCACACCAUCUGUCCAGCCUAUAGACACAAGCGGCCCUCUUCACAAGGUCGCUUGAGCUGCGGUUCCACUUGAGGACUGCCCAGGAGCACCCAUAUGCCUUCAUCAGCAAAUGCUCACAUGACCCUUCACAGACAGAGCGUGAUCACACUGCUCAUCGGGCACCUAGGGGCUCUGAUCUUGGGUUGUUGAUCAGCACAUGCCUGGACUUGAUUCACUUGUUAAUUGGCAGACUGGCUUUUGGGGGCCUGAACCCUGGUGAUGUGGAAAACCAGCAGUAGGGCGGGGCUCAAGUUGAGCUGUGAGGCCCAGAUGUUUGGACUCCCUCACCUUGGACCAGUGUGACUUCUGCAGUGGCAGAGAGGAAGCCCAAGAAUGGAGGUGAAAUCCGCUCCUUCUGGCCCUCUCUGGCCCAACCUGCCACUAUCUUGUCCUGCCUUUCAACCUUCUCCGUACCCAGGACCACUUGGUGCGUUCUGUUUAUGUUCGAGUCUUCCCGUUGCGUGACACUGGGCACGUGGUACUUGUUAUACUUGUGACUUCCUGAGAAGCAGACAGUAUUAUCCUCACUGCACAGAGAGCAAAACGAGGGUGCAAAGGGGUACCUUAGAAGCUCUGGGUGUCUUUGAGGGGUUUGCUAAAAAUGUAUCUUCAAGGAAAAUGAACCCCAGAAGACUGAGAUGAGGAAGGCCGAAUAACAGUGCGAAGCAGCCCUCUGCACUCGUCCUGGUCCCCGAAGCGAGGUCGGCUGACCAGCUAGAACUCAGAAGGCCACCCUGGAAAGGCCGGCAGCAACUUGCUCUCAGCUCUUCCUUCAAAUGCAGUGAGCGUCCAACUGGCUCAGAAUUGGUCACUUUUGGCUAUCUGUGUCCUAGCCCUGAGGCCCCAGCCCCCAAUUUAAGUCAGAGAUAGAGGGUUUAGUUCCAUUUGGUUCCAUUUUGGGUGUUUUAUAAUGUGAGUGAUAUUAAUACUCAUCUUUGCCUAAGGGUACGUUGGGCGAUUCUUUUUAUUUCAUCUGCACUAGAGCAAGAUAGGGAGCCAUCUGGGAAUGGCAUUGCCUUCUGUCUGUCUUUGUUCACUUACCACUUGGAAGGAUCUCUCAGAGGAAAGCAAGUCUUCCCGAGGCUGCAGUUCCAAGCUGGUUGUGACAAAGAGCCUGAAACACCCCUCUCCACUCUCUCUGAACUUCUUACCAGAGGAAGCCAGAGCAAAGUGCAAAGGGGCCAUACAGUAGGCACAAACCAAGACAGGACUAGGUGUCACCCCUCAGCCACGGUUCUUUCUAGAAAUCGAAACGGCAGAUCCAUUGACCCUCAGGAGGGUGAACAUUCCCAGUGUGACACCCCAGGAGGAGGGUGUCCCUAAAGCCCAGGGCUCUGGAAGUGUGUAGCCCUGUCCUGAGUUCUGGUGCCACCCCUGCUAAGUGGGUCAAUCUGAGAAGACAAUGAUCUCUUUCUAGUGUCUGACAUGGGGGCCUGCAUUCCAAAUAGUUAGGAGGACUGAGGGAGAGGGUGUGUAAACCAUGGAUUAAUUAAAAGUAUCUUUCUUACCUUCCAAA